CCCAGCGUUCGCUCGGUGCGUUUUAUUCCCUCGAUCGCGUCCUAACGCCUCCGGAAAGCCAAACGUUUACCCGUUUCACAGAUAAAUAUCGCGGCGUUGCACGCGCGCGUCGCUCGGGAGUCUGAACCGGACUCGCGCGGGUUUUCCUUUUGCGCCGAACCCGGUCCCCGGGAGCCUCCGCGACAGACCGGGCUGCAGGGAUGGUAAGGAGAGCCCGUGCGCGGGUGUAGCUCGGUUUGUACCGGGGUCGUGUCGUUCGGAGCCGGUGAUCAUGGAGCUCCGGGAGGCGGCGGCGGACGCGCAGCAGCAGCUGGCCGGCGACGGGACGCACGAGAGCCGCAUGGACGAGUACCUGCGCUCGCUGGGCUUCUACCGCAAAAAGAUCGCCAAGGACGGGUCGUGUCUGUUCAGGGCCGUGGCGGAACAGGUGAUGAACUGUCAGGGUUUACACACAGAGGUGCGAGCCGCUUGUGUGAAGUAUCUGAGACAGAACAGAUCCAACUAUGAGCUGUUUAUUGAAGGCAGUUUUGAGAAAUACCUGGAGAAUUUACAGGAUCCUCAGAGCUGGGUCGGACAGGUGGAGAUCACAGCGUUGUCUGAUAUCUAUAAGCAUGAUUUUGUCAUUUUCCAGGAGCCCGAUCAGCCCCCUGUUGACAUCACCCAGAAUGGCUUCACUAAAAAGGUGCGACUGUGCUUCCUCAACGGAAACCACUACGACAGCGUUUACCCGCAGUCUUUCGAGGAAAGUGCCGCCGCGUGUCAGUCGAUCCUGUACGAGCUGCUGUACGAUCGAGUGUGCGGCGUCGAACGCAGCGUUUUAGGCCCGUGCGUGAGAGGAGGGAAGGGACGGGAGAAACUGGAUUCGGAGGAAUGCAAGAGCAGCGACGAGUCGGAUCUGGAGGGAGAUGAGUUCUGGCAUGGGUCGAGUGAAGCCAGAGGAAAGCCUUCCAAUGGGAUGAAUGUCAGGCCUCUGCAGAGGGGUCGUGGGAGGGGCCAAUUUCGAGGAAGGGGGCGUGACCUCCUCUCCAAUAAGGUGCAGAGGUCCCUAAACCCCGCCCUUUACAGGAACGUGGAGUAUGACGUCUGGCUCCGUUCUAAACGACUUCAGCAGCAGAGGGAUUUCUGCAUGGCCGUAGGAAUGCAGUAUUCUGUCGGAGAUAAGUGCAAGGUGCUGCUGAAUAAUCGCUUUUAUAAUGCUAAAGUUCAGGAAGUCAGUCCUGACAAUGGGCCAGUCACUGUGUUUAUUGGGGAACUCAACAAGCAAGAAACUGUGCCUUUGCUGAGUUUACGUCUUCCAUCUGAAGAGACUCAGUCAUGGCAGACAGUGGUAGAAAAGGGCAAAAGACAUGCUGCGCCAAACAGCAGCACACAGACGUCCUCUGAAUGGGACAACAGAGGAAGUCGGAGGUCAAACAAAACGCCAUCUCAGUCGGCACCCAUUGGCCGUGUGCAUAAGCAACACUCCUGGCCUCCGCAGGCCACCCCGGAUGACGCAAAAAACAAGUACAGACGGCCCGAUCAGUGCAGCAGUCCUGUGUGCGUGCUUCCAGAGGAAAAAGAGGAAAGCGACAUUUUGGAGCUUCUGCACAAAGACGAGCACAACUUCCCCUCACUGGGAACAAGCCCCCAAACGGCCACUGCUAGUGAAGUCAUGAAGAAAGGAGGGGAAAAGAGAGGCCCUCGGAAGAAGGACCAAAAGGAGCAUGUCUCUGAGACAGAAACACCCCAGAGGCUUGUACAGAGACAGAAGAGUGCCACUGAAGAAAAACAUGUGGUAAAGUUUUCAGAGGAGCUGCGGGAGACACCUUCAACAAUAAAAGAGAAAGUACAGAAGAAGCCCAAUCCUUUCUCUCCUUCUCCACGUCCUGCUGUUAUCGUCUCGUCUGACUCCAAAACAGCCCCAUCUCAAUCUGAAUCUGCUAAAGUCCCCGCUCUUAAUCAGUCUGCUCCCGAGGCUAUUAAAAAGACCCCUGUCCCGCCCAAAACUAGCCCAGCUCGAGGCUCAGACAACAGUCGGGUUGCCCCGGUGUCCACUCCAGCCCCUUCACAGUCCAUCUCAGUGUCAAGAGUAGUCUCUGAUACCACCCCUGCCAUUAUUCAGUCUACACAUGCUCCAAAAUCUACCCAUCCCUCAUCACAAGCUGUGCCAGUUUCUACCCUAGUGCUCCAAACACCAGAUCUCAAUUCCCAGCCUACUCAAACACCAUCUCCGAUUAUCCCUGUUGAAGUAGCUCCUGCUAUCCCAACUUUAACUUCUCAGGCCCAUUCUGGCUUAGUCCCAUGUGCCUCAUUAGAGCCAACCCUAUCCAUUCAAACCGCACCCCCAGCUUCUAUUUCCAAUCCUCCGUGUAUACCAGUCUCCGCAAUACCCAUUUCUGCCCCUAUGUUAGAUGCCCCAGAUCAGUUUACCACCCUUCCCAUUGAAGGAAGCAGUGUUCCACCAAUUGCCCAAAAGACUGUAGACCCUCAUACAACUGUGACACCAAUCCCUGUUCCCCAUUCUCCUCCUACCUCAGUCUCUCCUGCCUCUGGUCCUACCCAAGCUCCACCUCCAGACUUACCUCAGUCUUCACUCAAUGAAUCAGCGAUGCCUGCCUCUAGUGUAGCACCUGCUCCUGAGCCUCCAUCCCAACCCCAACAAUUCCCCUAUCCUUAUGUCCAAUGGUCUCAGUUCCUUCAGGACCCAGUUUAUCCAGGAUUCCCCAAGAACGAGAAGGGAGAGGUGGAACCGCUGCCUCCCUAUUCCUUCUCCCAAAAAGGAGAAGACCUACCGCAAGAUAUGAAUGUUCUCAGGUUCUUCUUCAACCUCGGUGUCAAGGCAUACUCUCAGCCGAUGUUUCCUCCCAUCGUUUACCUUGGUGCGCUAAACCAAGCCUAUCAGAUGCACCUUAGAGGGGCUCCUCCUUCGGACUCCCCUGCUAACCCCACCGUGACUUCAUGGCAACCAGAAAACCCUUUUCCUUCUCAAAAUUUGAGCUCCAUCCCUGACACCUCAUUGGACAGCCAUGCGCCAGUUGCACCUGUAGCAUCUGGUAGCGGUCCUGUUGGUCCUAUAGAGUUGGGAGCAUACAAUGAUCAUCCUGUAUCCAUUCCGAUGACACUUCCACCAAGGCCAACAAUUCACUGGCCAUCUUCUUCUGCUCCAAGUAGCUAUGCUGGGUCAUAUGCAACUGGCCCUCCAGUGCAUUUUUCCACACCACCGUAUCCGCCCCCUGGGAAUCAGAUGUAUCCGCCAUCAUCCAUUGGGUACCCCCGUAUGCCACUUCCAAUGCCUCUUGAAGCCUUAAACCAUGGUCAUCCUGGUCGGAUGGAUGUCUUGCCCUUUGUUCCUCCAACAGUGGACAGAGGUCAAGGGAAUGGCCAGAGGUCUGUGAACCCCCAGUUUGGGUCCUUGCAGAAGACCGCUGGCUUUCAUGGAGGCCAACCUCAUUUGAGUGCAGGCGAUUACAAGCCUGUAGAUAUUCCUAUUUCAGUGGCCACAAUGGAACCUCCACCCUUUAGUGGACCUUGUUCAGUUGUACAACCAUUUCCGAUUGGCUCCCUGCAAGGAGACAUGGCAGGAUUGCCCCCUUUAACCAAUGGGAACUUAGGAAAACAAGGGGGAGUCUUCCCACAGAGCCUUCAUGCGGGUCCUAUCGCAGAAGACCCUUCUCGCUCCAUUCACGUAUAUUCUCCUAAUGAUAAGUGGUCAAUGGAAGAGAUGGAGUAUCCCAGUGUAGAUCUUGGAGUAACUCAGUCUUUCUAUAGCCAGUCCUACAGGGGUGGAAGAAGACGUGGCCAAGAUGACAGAGGAGGAUAUCGAGGCAGGGGUCAGCGAGGCCGGAAGGAUUAUUCUGGCCGUGGAAGACAAGAUGAACAGUCUUCUUAUAGACAUUUUGAAAGACGUGGUGUAGGGUCAAGGGUAGCAAUGCAGUUACCAUAUCAAUGAUGCGAUAUACUUGAUAUACACUAUUUUUUUGGUUUACAAUGAUAUCCGAUACACACACAAUCUGUUGUUUUGAGUUUAUGGGUGGCUUUCGGUAAAUGGUAUUGAUCAGGAAUAUACCCAGCGUUUUUAACCCCCAUACAUAUUCUUGAUUUAAAAGUACAGCAGCCGUUUCACCUGUUCCUACUGUACUAAACCCUGUGAAGAUAUAAAUGUUCGUGUUUGCAUUGUAACGAAAUUGAUUAAAUAUUUUUUUGUUGCACUGCCCCUACAUGCACAGCAAAAGGGAAAAUGUUGGUUUUAUAUUGAUUUGAAUGCAUAAAACUUUGUAUAUGUGCACUUUCUGUAAACACUGAAAUUUUUUUAAUUUACAUCGUUUAAUGUAUUUUCUUUCUCCUCCAAAAACUUGUAAGCAACUCAUCUAGUGCUGCAAGGCGAGCAUAAGUGUCACAGUUACAUCAGAGAUGACAGGAAAAGUGCCUUUUUAGGUUGGAAAAAUGUUUUUUGUUGAGUUUCUAACUGCAUCUUCGUUGGACUCUUAUCAACUCCUCUACAGGGUUCUAAGGUGUUUGCUGAAUGAUUGUUGAUGCCACAUGCCUGUAAUUACAUUUCUGAGCCAAAGAUGUAGUUUUAACACCAAACAAAUAAAAGAUCAACAAAUCUCUUUCA